UAGCCGGCCGGCGACAGGAGCGCGCGCGCUGGGGGCGGGGCGAGGCUGCGGGGCCACGCCCCCCAGAGGCUUGCGGGGCCGCCCACCGCACAGUCAUGCUGCCCCGGAUCUCUCCGGGACCCUAGAAGAUUCAACCCACACAGCAUCUCCUACAAGGCUUCCCUGAACUCUGCACCCUAGAUUGGCUGGCUGCCCUGCUGUGUGGUGCCAUGGUUCCAUAGAUACACCUUUUUCAAGCCCUCCUCACUGUGAAUUGCUAUAGGAGAAUAAAAGAUUAUGCCUUGAAUUCUCUCAGCUAAGUAUAAAGGAUUCCUUCAAAGAUUUGUUUGUUCCCCAAACGGAGAUUUUCUUGAUGUUGUAUACAAGGAACAACCUCAACUGUGCUGAGCCACUGUUUGAGCAGAGUAACUCACUUAAUGUGAAUUUCAGUAUAAGCAAGAAGACAGUCUGGCUUAUUCAUGGUUACAGACCAACGGGCUCUGCUCCCUCAUGGCUUCAGCGCUUCCUAAGGAUUUUGUUGAAUCAAGACGAUAUAAAUAUAAUUGUAGUAGACUGGAACCGGGGUGCUACAACUUUUCUUUACAACAGAGCAGUUAAAAACACCAGAAAAGUCGCCAUGAGUUUGAGUGGGUACAUUCGGAAUCUUUUGAAGCAUGGAGCGUCUCUUGAUAAUUUUCAUUUCAUAGGUAUAAGCUUAGGGGCUCAUAUUAGUGGAUUUGUUGGAAAGAUAUUUCAAGGUCAACUUGGAAGAAUAACAGGUCUUGACCCUGCUGGGCCAAAAUUCUCUGGAAAAUCAUUUAAUGACAGAUUAGAUCACACUGAUGCCAAGUUUGUGGAUGUCAUCCAUUCUGACACCAAUGGUUUAGGCAUUAAAGAACCCUUGGGACAUAUAGAUUUUUAUCCAAAUGGAGGAAAAACGCAACCUGGCUGUCCUAAGUCCAUUUUAUCAGGAAUUAAAUUUAUUAAAUGCGACCACCAGAGAGCAGUUUACUUGUUCAUGGCCUCUUUGGAAACAAACUGCAAUUUUAUUUCAUUUCCUUGUCCUUCAUAUGAAGAUUUUAAAGCUGGCUCAUGUGUAGACUGUGACAAGUUCAGUGAAAAAUCAUGCCCUAGGCUAGGUUAUCAAGCUGAGCUAUGGAAAGAUGUUUUAAAAGUAAGAAGAGAAGAGACCACUGUGUUUUUAGAUACUGCUGGCACAAGUCCAUUCUGUGCCUAUUAUUUUGUUCUCACUGUAACUGUUUUGGAUGACACUCUGGAGGAUGGCUAUAUUACAUUUAAAUUAUUAAACCAGCUUGGAAUGGUUGAAGAGCCAAGGCUAUAUGAGAAGAAGAGAUCAUUUAAUGAGCUCCAAGAAGUCAAGAUUCUUGCUCAAUUUUUAAAUGAUGUUGUAAAUAUUUCAAGCAUUGGUUUGGCAUAUUCUCAGGGCUCAAAUUUGCAGUGUUUCACAGGCAGAUACAACAUCCAACGUAUCAUGUUACAAUCACUUACAUAUCCAGAAAGACCACCACUUUGCAUAUACAAUUUUGUACUUAAAGAAGAUAAGGAAGUAUUUCUUAGUCCAAGCACAUGCACAUCAAAGAAAAUAUAAAAUGUCUUCUUCCAUCAAAUAAAAAAACUUGUGUGUG